AAGAAGAUGGAUAUGACAAUGAAGACAGAUAUAGCGAUGAAGACGAAUAUGAUGACAAGGCACCAACAGAGGCACCAACAGAAGCACCAACGAAAGCACCAACGGAAGCACCAACGGAAGCACCAAUUAAAGUAAAAGCAGAACAUAUCGAUGUUAAUGAUUCAAACAAAGAUACCAAUGGGAA